UACAAAACUAAAAAGCGGAAACAGCUCUGACAGCUCUCAUGCUUCACUUGACUCGCAGCAAGGAACCGAACAGGUCGACGCGAGGCGGGGGCAGUAACUGUUCCCCUUGUAGAGGAGCCGCUCUCCUUAUUAAUACGCCAAAUCGCUGCCUGGAACCAAAGCGAAACAAUGGCGACCUUGGGAUCGGAGUCUGCUCGGUCUUUGCCGCUUCUUACACAGCUCGAGUCUUCUCUUUUGGGCCAAAAUCAGAACGGAAACCCGCCGCCCAACCGGGGCUUGGAGAGGGCGCUGGAUGUGGCAGCGGCCAGCGGUGUUCUCAACCUCAGUGCCCGCAAACUGAAAGAGUUCCCUCGAACAGCAGCCAACCACGAUCUUUCCGACACAGUGCAAGCAGAUUUAUCGAAGAAUCGACUUAUUGACAUGCCAUCUGAGAUCUGUUUCCUUGUUGCCUUGGAAAGUCUAAAUCUGUAUCACAACUGCAUCCGGACCAUCCCAAGCAGCAUCAUCAGACUGCAGUCACUCACAUCCUUAAAUAUCAGCCGGAACCAACUGAGUUUCUUGCCAUCCUGUCUGCAUGAGUUACCUCUGAGGGUCCUGAAUGCCAGCAACAACAAGCUGGUCAAUCUGCCAGAGACCAUUUGGAAGCUUCACAGCCUCAUGGAGCUGGAUGUCAGCUGUAAUGAGAUCACUGCUCUGCCUCGUCACAUUGGACGACUUCGAGCUCUGAGAGAACUGAACAUACGCAGAAAUUUGCUGUGUGUCCUUCCUGACGACCUGGCCGAACUUCCACUGGUCAAGUUUGACUUCUCUUGUAACAAGGUGUCGACCAUCCCAGUGUGCUUCAGGAAGAUGAAGCUGCUACAGAUUUUACGCCUUGAUAACAACCCUCUCCAGACUCCACCGGCUCAAAUCUGCAUCAAGGGCAAAGUUCACAUCUUCAAAUAUCUGAGCAUGGAGGCGUGUCGAAGUGACAGGAUGCCUGAUUCUGUGUACCUGUCUGUCAUCGAGCACCUCAGCCUAUCUCGGCCUUCCACUGGAAGUGUGGAGGAUAUGGAGCAGCUGAGGAAGCAGGACGGUGACUCAGGAGUCGGCAGUGACAUUGGAGACAAGAGGCUUUCUGCCAAUGAGCCGUCUGAUGAGGACAGUCUUAGUCUCAAUGUUCCCUUGCAGCACAUCACUGAGGAGGAGGGGUUGGAUAAAGAUGACUCCAGUGAGCAUAUCAGCUCACUCACAGUGGAUUCCAUUGCCAGCUCCGUGCGUCUGAUUGAGGAUAGUCCUACAGAAGCUCUGAUGGCACACUUGGACGAUAGAGACUCUCCUGUCAGUGCUCGGUUCCAUAGCUACAUCAAGGGGAGGACAGCAGCUGACUUUGAUGAGCCCCUCAGGAUAGAUGAAGACUCCCACUGGUCAACAGAACAAAGGUUGACAGGCUCUAAUCUUCCUAAGGAUAUGAUCAAACAACUUAAGGAGGCUGUGCAGCUGCUGCAGGACCCUUCCAGGGUGAACUCUGACCAGCAGGAGCUUCUAUCUGGUGUGCAGCUUUAUCCACUAGAAAUCAUUGCAGGGGAACGAUUCGUCAGAGGACAAGAAAAUGAAGUCAGGUCCGGAUCUCAAUCACAGAAUGAACAUCUCCGCUUUUCUGGCCCCAGAAAGCAGCAGCUCCACAGGCCAUCCACGAGUGGAUAUUCAGCCUUCUCCACGCCUCCAUUUAACCUGAAACCUCGAUCAGCCCCACCCUCACUACCAUGCUCCCCCCCUACUGGCCGUGUAGACCACUCCCUUCUUCUACAGGCCUCACCCUCACAUAGAGGUAAACAUUGUAGUCAUCGAGAUGGAGGCAGUCACAUGUUCCUGAAGAGCCACGUGAGUCUGGAGUCAGUGGAUCCUCAAUUCACCAUUAGGAGGAAGAUGGAGCAGCUGAGGGAAGAGGUGGCUCUUAUGGACCAGCUCCGCAAUAUAAUAGAGAGCAGGUUAAAGGUGGUGCUUCCUGAAGAUCUGGGCUCCUCUCUCAUGGACGGAGUUGUCCUCUGCCACCUGGCCAACCAUAUCCAGCCUAGAUCAAUCGCUAGCAUCCAUGUGCCCUCCCCUGCCGUUCCCAAACUCAGCAUGGCCAAGUGCCGGAGGAACGUGGAAAACUUCUUGGAUGCCUGCAGGAAGAUUGGCGUGGAGGAGUUGUCCCUCUGCUCCCCCCUUGACAUCCUUGCGCGUCGUUUGCAGCCUCUCCUCACCACAGUGCGGCUACUGGUUAGCUUUGACGGUACCAACACGGUCAAGAAAAUGGACAAAUGCCUAGCCACUUCUUCUGAAUAUUCUAAGUCCCUUUCAUUGUUGUCCGUGGCAACUCAGACAACCCCAGCCCCAGCCUGGCAGAUGUGGGAGCUUGUGGGCUCAAGUCUUGUUCAUAUCCUUUGUCUAGUUUUGCUUUUUGUGAUCUAUAGUUGGAGUGAAAAGAGAUAAUCAUAUUUAUGAGUAACUAUCCAUCAGAAGACCUUCACAUAUUUAUGUUGCCACUUCAAGUCAUGGGAUUAUGAUCUAAUGAGUUUGGCUCUUGUGGAACAAUGACUGUCCCUGUAGCCUAUCUUGAGACGAGGGCAUGUGAAUGUGAACCCAAAGCAGUUACUUACGAGGCUGUAGUAGUGAUGACCGCUAUUAAAUUGUAGAGUAGUACAAUAGUGCAUCCACUAGCAUCAUCAUUGUUGGGUUAUUGGUCUGAAGCAGCCAGCUGUUUGUCUGGAAAAGAUGUCAGCACUAUAAUUAAGAAAUUAGUCAUCAUUCCAGAAAGAAGAUUGGAAACAUAUUUUUGGUUAGAUUCCAUGGCACAAUUUGCUUAUCUAAACUAAAUGUUAAUUUUACAGUCUGUUCAGGGGCUUCAGAAUGAUACUGGAACCUCAGUGUGACACUAUUGUACUACUUCUUUCAAAGAUCAUGUCCAACUUUUCUCACUCAUGUGCUGUAAAUGUUUACUUGUCGGCCUCUUGCUCUGCAGUAUCUGUAAGUGCCACAUGAUGAGGUCCACAGUUUUAACCAUGUGUAGUCAUAUGAUAAUGAGCUUUGCUGCCUUUCAGCACCAUAAUACGUUUGUUAAACUGCAACCUAUAAGGCACAUUGGUGGCACUUCCUGCACCAUCUUGGAAUGAUCUAUCUACACUACACCCAUUUGAGAUGAUACAUUACAGUACGAGCACCGCAGAAUAGAAUAUCCACACUUGAUCAUGUAUAAACAUGGGCAGAGACACAAAUGUAGUUGGCUAACAACAAUUCGGAAGAUGUUGCAUUCAAUGCAUGCCAAUGAAAAUGACUUUUUGGCAGAACUUUUGAGUUUGGGUCUCCUCUGGCAGACUUACAGAGUCAAGGAGCCCUGACAGGUUCUGUCACAUCUGGAUUUCAAUCUAGACUUGACGACAACUACCAGAAACCUACCUGAGGGUCUAAUGGUCCUGGCUGCCUUCAAGGCAAUAAGCAUUUCUUCAAUGUAAUUGGGGGCCAAACCAUGAGUGUUUGGACCUCUACAUUGGAGAGACAAAGAUACAUAAACGCUCAGUUGGUGCAACGUCUUCCGUACAAAACUCUGCAGCCCAUUUAGACCUCGAUGACAAGCGACUCUUUUUAAAGGCAGCAAUGUCCACAUUUGAAACAUUUUGACACCAUCUCGCAUCUCAAGGCAGAUCAACUUAGAGCAGUUGCCUAAUUACACCGAAUGACAGCCCUAAUAAUAUUGUUGAUCUAACUUUUGACAAAAAAGGACUUGUUUACAGAAAAAAUACUUUUUGUACAAAUAUUUUGCAAAGUUUAGUCAUCAUAUUGGUUUGGUUCUUCCCAAAUUCAUUGGUGAACUUUUGAAAGUACUUUCAAGACUAAAGCUCUGGUUAACUGGUUUGACAAUAGUUAUGGUCAUGAGCUGCUCUGAAAUCUCAGUCCUUUUUUUGUCUGCUCCCCCUCCCUACUCAUGCAGUGUGCUGGACCAUUGUCUUUGUAAUAUGCUGGCUCGAUGCUACCACACUCAGCCUGCUGGAGCAGUUUAGAGGAAAAUUAAGCAAGUGGUGAAAAUGUGUUGAAAUCAAAAUAAAACUUUUAAAACGACAAUUUGUUUUUUGCCAAGCUUAUGUAGCAACAUUGUUGUCAGCUGUUGUUUUUGGACCCAGAAGGCGAAAUGUCCAAUGUGAAUUAUUUAAUGCCUUGAAAGUUUGCAUUACAUCAUGUAAGGCUUGAUUUCUCGAUGACUUUGCACAAACCCACCUGAAUAGAAGUGCCAUUGUUCAUGUGUAUCUGAAAGUUGUGAUGUCACAUAUUCGAGGAACUCACGUGAAGUUUCUUCCCCUGAUCAUUCAGAUUGAGAUGAAAGGGUAGCACAAGAGUAGAACUGCAAAAAACUAAAAAACACAUUAACCUCAUGAUGUGGCACUUAAACAUAGAAGUCAUAAAUGGUGUCAGGCAAUUAAAAGUGACCUUAGCAUUGUUUUCUGUAAUCUAACUGUUAUCUAUAAUAUAUGGUCUGUCAAUAAAGCUGUAAAGAGAAAUAACAUGAUGAGAUUAUAUUAUUGUAUUAUACAUACUAUAACCGCAACUGAAGGCCGCAAAACCGGAACAAUAGGACAAACACGCAAACAAAAAGUAGGCGGAUUAAUACAUUGCCAAAAACCAGGCCCUGUAUUUGCCAUUAUAAAUCACGCAGAAUGAAGAAUGGGUGGAUUAAGCUGGUUUUUUUCUAGAUGAAGCUGCUGCUGUGUGUAAACAGUGACAGCACCCCUAAAGUCAGCAUCUCAGUCAGGUUGUGUAAGGCGUGGUUUUGCUGUAACACUAAAUACUGUUGAACUGCCACUGCAGCCAGUGAAGUGCCUCACACGCAUGUAAUGUAGUGCAAGAUCUUUAGGAAACUUAAAUACACGCACACCAAUUCUGUGAACGAUAAAGCUAAACAUCUUCAUUGCAGUCACAGCUGCAUUGCAUAGACUCAUGGAUUUAUUGAGUCUAUGUUAAAGGGGACCACGCUUGGUAACCCACAGUGAUGGAGUUGUCAGCAGUGUUAGCAAGAUGAAACAUCACCAUAACUACUUUAAAGGUGUGAAAGGACCAUGCUCAUCCAUUUCUGAGUAAUUCCCCCGGAAGUGAGCAGGGUUUUCUGUUUCAUGGUGCAGGAUGCAGCAAACCUCUCUGUCAGUUGCUGAAGCACAGAUACUACACAGAAAUCACCGCCUGGACAACCAAUUGGAUGUUGUAUCAUUCCUUGAUGUUAAGUGUAACUGUGACUUCCAGAAAACAUUGUUUUUCACACGCUUCACACACAGGGGGCAGGCAAAGAAUCGUUGAAAAAUAGGAAAAAGAUUAUAUACAGUAGUUAAGUUUCAUCAAGUUUGUUUCAUCGCCUUCGCUCUUUUUACAUGUGACCGACAAUUCAAUCGUAACUUUUUUAGUGAAAGUUAAAUAUUGGAUUUUGGUGGAAAUUGCCACAUUUUAGAUUGUUGCUGAUCAGCUGUACUAAACCACUAUACACAUGUUUAUAGUGCCACAUCCAUGCUAGCCCCUUUAAUAAAUUACUACGACAGUAAUUAUGUUCUCAUCUGUAAACACUGUUUGAGGGCAGACUGAACAACACCACUCAAGCUUUUUUUUCACUGGUUUUGGUAAAAUGGCUUCUCAAAACGGACCCAGGUCAUGAUGUUAAUGGUUCCUGGCACAAAGUAAACCAUACCAUAUUCCCAUUGCCUGUUUGUGUUGAAAAUAAAAUACAGUAAAAAUGACGUCAAUAUAAGCAGAGGCCUUUAGGAAGAGGACACAACCUCUCUUCAACAGACAAGUGAGCUCCUUUAGUCUGCAUGGAUUCUGGAGCAUCUGUACCUGGGUCAUGGCUGGGCGUGGAGUGGUCUCUCAGAGGUAAAACCUUGUUCUGACCGGAACUCGCGCUGACGUUCGUAAAGCUACAGAGCAGAGCUCAGAGCAGGUUCAUUCCAACCAGAUUCAGACGCAACUACCCGAAAAUGAAUACUAAAUUGGGAUACCAGUGUCCAAGGUACGGUAACAAGUCCACAGGAUUGGGGGAGAGGAGCAGCGAAGAGCAGGCAACAGACACACUGCGAAACAAGGAGAUCAAUCAGAAAACUCACAAUCUCAAAGUGCAUGGAAAACAUCCACGGUUAACAGAAGUAUCAUCCACAAUACGAGUACGGGCACGGAGGGUCAUACCAGGGCCGGGAAAAACAAUAAACUGAUGCCGGUUGUCUUCUGGCAGGCGUUCAAGUAGUGAGUUAGUAGUUAAGGAGCAGGACGUUGUCCAUAAAAAUGAGAAAAAACGGAGGGGCUUGUGACAUUUUUUUUAAAACAAUGCACAUGACGAUGAUUUCAUAAAGGCUGGACUUAUUUCAUACUUAUUUCUCAUUGACCAUAAGAACGAGUGUAGUAUUCAGCAUUCUUCAACAGAUGUUGAGGACAGAAUCAUCGCACAUUACCUUUAACAUGAAUACAUGUUGGCUCUUUACCGUUUCAUACCGCUGUUCGCUCCGGGUUGCCCCGUCCAUCUGACGUUGGAUAGUAUUACAUUAGUAUUACAGUUAAUACUUUGGAUACUCCAUGAUACUUCCACAGACAUUUUUAUUAAUUGUUGGGGCCAAAUAUGCCAGAUUUUGCGGCAGAAUAAGAAAAAAGAUUCUAUGAAAGUUUUGGUCAUUUGGUCAUGUAGCUGGAAUUAGUUUCUGUGAUUUGAUUUGGGACCUUUAAUAUUUACUUGAAGGGUUUCGUAACUUUAUUCAAGGAACAUUUCCCCUGCAGUUGGUUGAAAGAUCUGUGUCAUUCUAGCAGGAGUACAUACAAAGGAGUUGCUAGCUGUGAACCUACGUCAACACAAAAACUAUCGUCUUCCUUAACUGUCAAAUACAUAAUUUUUUUUGUCCUUUGACAAAAAAAGUUCUUCACACUCUGUGUAUCCCCCGCCAUUGCAGGAUUGCAUGCUUUUGAUGUCAGAGGAGAACAAUGUCACAUGGUUGUCUUAUUUCGCUGCAAGUCAUUUGAAUUAGUGAGAUGUAACUGUGAUUUGUAUGGUUUAGCGUUUAAUUUUACUAAUAAACACAUUCUUGAAUAAAUCAUGACCGGUGUGGUUGUUUCACUGCCAUACUCUUGACCCUUUGAAGACUAUCAUAUUGACACAUUGAUGAUGAAAAUAAACAUAUAGACUCCCACCUUUACCAAUGCCAAAAGUGUGGAAUAAAGAUUGAAUUCAGUGUUGUGUUUUUGCAGGUAUCUGUUCAUCGAUGAAACAGGAUUGAACAAUUGUAAGCAACGAUAACAAUCAUUAUAUUGAUAGAAUUGAUAAUAGACUGAUAGAUAGGUUAUUCUAAUAUUAAUAUUAAUGUCAACAAAAUGACCCCCUGCUCACUCUGUGGCGGUGACGUUGUUAACUCUGGUGCAUCACAAUUAACAAAACCUAACAGUAGCCAAAUUGUGAGAAGCAGCAUCACUGAAUUAAACCAACAAGCCAAGCAGAAAAUAUGAAGCCUGGCGUAGUUACUACUUUGCACAGGCAGAUGGCAAACUGCUUUAUCUUCAAUCUGAGCAAUGUGUGGCCAUGUUUAUAUGAUUGUGAAUAAAGAUUGAAAACUUCCCCCAGUCAAUGAGUCAAGGGUGUUUGUAGUUUUGUAGUAAGAACGUAACAGAAUCCAGGGGCCUCAUAUAUCAACCAUGCGUGCAUACAGACGUGCAUGUCGCAUGCGUGCCAACAUUCCCACGCAAAGUAUGGCAUUCAUCAAUGUGUACUUCUGCGUAGUAACAGAAACGUAUUUUGUUCACAUCAGUUGCAUGACCGCCAUUUACCUGUAGAAGGGGAUGAGUACAAGUGACACACAUUCACAUUCAUAAAGCCUAUUGUCGGGCGGUUUUUGAGUGUCCCAGACUUCGGACAAAUCGGAGAUUUAUUUGCUCCUGAUUUCGAACGAACUCGAACGUCUGUGUAGCAUCAAAGAGUGGGGUGGGGGGUUGCGGUCUCUGUGUGGGAUCAGCUGUAUCUUCAGUAUCACCCUCAAAAUACAGGCAUCCUGUGGUAGAAAAAAACCCCCACAAAUGUAUAACACAUUUUACCCACUGGUGAAAAAAAGAAGGUUUUUAAAUUUUGGAUAUUUCUACACUUGGAAUAGCAUCAAGUAUGUGUAAUAGAUUGAAUGAGUGUUUAUUUCAGUUCCUUCUACAUUGUAAAUGUGUUACAUGACAAGUUAUAAGAUAGUCUUCGUAAUUGUUACAUUUCUGGAACACAUUCAGUCAAUAUUUCAUUUUACAUGAUACAGGGAUUGAAAAGGAGCAGGGUCAACAACAGUUCUUGUAAUGUCUUCAACAUAUUCCCACUAUCCCUAUACCUUUUUUUUUUUUGGAACAGUGGUUGCACAU